UUUUACUACACUCUCUUGAAAACUACCAAACAAUGCAGAUUAUUUUGGUAUUCAUUUUACAGCUUAUCCUAGUCCAGCAGAAUUUGUCUACAAGCUCGGAAGAAGAUGAGAAAUUAAUUUCAUAUCAUAAUAAGGAUUAUUAUAGUUCCUCAGUUCUGGGACUGGUAAACCUCUUAAAGCUGGAGCAAGAGUUUAUGGAGAAUUUUACGAUCUAUGCCAAUGUCUUGCAGGAUAAAGUUGACAAUCUAAAUAUUUACCUAGACCACUUGAAGCGGCCUAAUCAUACGACCCAUAAAGAAAGGGAAAAGUUUGUUUCCAAUCCUCUAAAUGCUUUUGGAUUGAUCAGAAGACUAAAUCAGGAUUGGCCCAAAUUGCAAAAUUACACCCGUGAACCUUUGGGCCUUAUACAACUAAACGCGAUGGAGAAAAUCCUAAAUAAUGCGCCUGAUUCUUUCGACAUGAACGAAACACUAAAAGCAAUGCAUCGUAUUGAGACAACAUAUGAUCUUCAAGCGAAAGAUAUAGCAAAGGGACUGCUGCAAAGCAAACAAUUCAACUAUAAACUUAACGCACGGGACUGUUUAGCAUUAGCUCACCAUAAUUUUGAAGUUGGAGAUUUUAACCGAUCACUCUUAUGGUUUGAAGAAGCUUUAGAUAUAAAUACAGAGCCGAGUCAGGACAUUUUUAGCAAAUUACUGAGCCUUGAACUUAAAGCCUUUGCCACAUCCAUAACCAAGCGUGGUAUUUUUACAUCGAAUCAAACCACUAUUCACAAAUCAAUAAACAACCAAUUGCAAGACGCUAAAACAAAAAACUUGGAGUAUUUUGUUAAGUCAAAACUAAGCCAAUGGACUACGGAAAGUAUAAAUGCAACGGAUAAUUCCAGAACAGCUCCAAAUGCCCAGAAUAUUGGAUGUCAAGGACUCUUCCCCAAGAGAACCAAUCUCGUCUGCCGUUACAAUUUUACUACAAACUCCUUUUUAAAAUUGGCACCUCUAAAAAUGGAAGAAAUAAGCCGAGACCCUUACAUUAUAAUGAUCCACGGAGCUAUAUCGGUUAACGAAAUCGAGAAAAUGACAGGGAAUUUAGAAUAUAUACGGCAAAUGGGCAAUGGAUGGACUGAAACAGACGAUUCCAAGGAGAUUGUGGCGCGCAUCCAUUGGAUAAGGGAACAAUCCGCGUUCAUUGAUAGAAUCAAUCAACGCAUUGGUGACAUAACAGGCUUUAAAUUGGAGGAGUUUCCUGCUUUACAGCUGGCUAAUUUUGGUGUGGGUGGAUACUUCAGGGCACACCACGAUUAUUACACAGAACGUCUAAAAGAAGUGGAUGCCAACAAUACCUUGGGAGAUAGAAUCGCAAGCUUAAUCUUUUAUGCUGGAGAUGUUUCGCAAGGAGGUCAAACCGUUUUCCCAGAUAUAAAAGUGGCGGUAGAGCCCCAGAAAGGCAACGCUCUAUUUUGGUUCAAUGAUUUCGAUGAUUCAUCGCCAGAUCCCCGAUCCUUGCAUUCGGUGUGUCCUGUGAUAGUCGGUUCCAGAUGGACAAUUACGAAAUGGAUACACUACGACCCACAAGUAUUUGUAAAGCCCUGCAGCCCAAGGUUUCAAAAAAAUAGGUCUUAAAAAGUGACGUGUGUUUUGGCUUAAAAUAAAGUUUGGUUUUCACAAGUAAAACUAA